UGAUCAUAAACCCAACCCAAUUGUCACCGUGUUUGGCUCACCGGACUUGCCAUGGCAGCUGCGACUCAAUUACCCUGAAACGAAGAGAGACCCGAAAAGAUGACCACAACAGCUCUGUCUAUUCAUCUCGCUCGAUUUGCCUCGCAAAUUCCACUUCACUCGCGCUUUGCCCCUCGUUUAUUUGCUAGAAGGUGCCCUCAGUCGCUCAGUCGUCGCAUUAGGCCGCGUUUCCACUUGUACCGCGCUUUCUCCGGCUCUCCUUACCUUGCCCGACGUCGCGGGUUUUGUGCUCUGGCCUCCGCUUAUGAAGGUUUAAAUAAUCAGAGGGACGCGUCAGAUGAAAGAUAUGAUGUGAUUGUUGUUGGCGGUGGGCAUGCAGGAUGUGAAGCUGCCCUUGCAUCUGCUCGUCUUGGAGCAAAAACACUUCUUCUCACACUUAACAUUGAUCGCAUUGCAUGGCAGCCCUGCAAUCCUGCUGUUGGUGGACCUGCGAAGUCUCAACUUGUACAUGAAGUGGAUGCACUUGGUGGUGAAAUUGGAAAAGUAGCCGAUAGAUGCUACUUGCAGAAGAGAGUUUUAAAUGUCUCACGAGGCCCUGCUGUCAGGGCAUUGCGAGCUCAGACUGAUAAACGGGAAUAUGCAUUAGAAAUGAAGAAAAUUGUUGAAAGGCAAGAUCUAUGUAGCGUAACCUAUACUGAGAGUAAGUACCUGUAUUUGGAGUCGUGGGAAGGCUUCCUUUGCUAUCUGCUGAUGUCAUUCCAAACUGCUUUUCCUGUUACCAGUACACCUAACUUGUCCAUUAGAGAAGCUAUGGUUACGGAUAUUUUGGUUGGAAAGAAUGACAAUGUGGAAGGAGUUCAUACAUUCUUUGGCAUGGAGUUCUAUGCACCUUCUGUAGUUCUGACUACUGGCACCUUCAUGAGUGGGAAAAUUUGGGUUGGCAGAACUUCUAUGCCUGCAGGAAGAGCUGGUGAAUCAGCUUCACAUGGCCUCACCGAAAAUUUGCAGCAGUUUGGGUUUGAGACAGACCGGUUGAAAACAGGAACCCCGGCUCGUGUAGAUUGUCGUACAGUAGAGUUCUCUGGAUUAGAGCCUCAACAUGGAGAUGAAGAGAUAGGCUGGUUUAGCUAUGAUCCCGAGUACCAUAUUGAGAGAGAACAAAUGUGCUGCUAUCUCACACGUACUACAAAGAAGACUCAUCAGUUAAUCAAAGACAACUUGCAUGAGACCCCUACUUAUGGAGGAUGGGUAGAAUCUAAGGGACCUCGAUACUGCCCCUCCAUUGAGGACAAGAUUGUUAGAUUUCAAGAAAAAGAGUCGCAUCAAAUAUUUCUGGAACCCGAAGGCCGCUCAGUGCCAGAACUCUAUGUGCAGGGAUUCUCUACAGGCUUACCGGAGAAGCUCCAGCUGCCACUCUUGAGAACUUUACCUGGACUAGAGAAUUGUUCAAUGCUUAGACCUGCAUAUGCUGUGGAGUAUGAUUACCUUCCAGCACAUCAGUGUUUUAGGUCGCUUAUGACGAAGAAAAUUGAAGGAUUGUUUUUCUCUGGUCAAAUUAAUGGAACAACUGGCUACGAAGAAGCUGCUGCUCAGGGCAUUCUUUCUGGAAUAAAUGCUGCUAGAUAUUCAGAUGGUAAAUCUUUAAUUGUUUUGGAGAGGGAAAGCAGUUAUAUCGGGACUUUGAUUGAUGAUCUGAAAGAUCACUUAGAAUCAGAAGAGGGCAUUAUUAUUGGACAAUCUGAACAGGAAAUGGGACCUUCAGUUCUUGAGAAACUGUGUAGUGUAAUGGAUCGUGCAUUGCUACUCUAUCUUUUAAAUUAUUAUCCCAUUAUCAGGUUAUUGUUUCUUUUGUACAGCCGCUCUGAACACCGGCUGCUUUUACGAUCCGAUAAUGCCGACAGCCGCCUCACACCACUCGGACGUGAAAUUGGCUUGAUAAAUGAUGCCCGCUGGAAAAUCUAUCAAGACAAGCAAGCAAGGAUUUUAGAAGAGAAAAUGCGACUCAAGACAGUCAGGGUGUCAGGAGGUGAUCUAGCUUCUGAAGUUAGUGAGGUUUCUCGCCAGCCAGUCAAGGAAUCGUCUACAUUAGAAAGCCUCCUUAAGAAGCCACACGUGCAGUAUAAAAUAUUCGACAAGCAUGGAUAUGGCAAUCCUCUACUAUCUCGGGUGGACAAGGAAUGUGUAGAGAUAGAUAUUAAGUAUGAGGGAUUUAUUGUGCGACAGCAAAAUCAACUCCGGCAGAUGGCUCAUCAACAGCACAAAAUACUCGCCGAGGACCUUGAUUACUAUUCCAUGAAAACUUUAUCGCAUGAAGCACGUGAAAAGCUGUCUAAGGUCAGACCACAAACUAUAGGACAAGCGAGUCGAGUUGGUGGAGUUAGUCCUGCUGAUAUUACGGCCCUCCUAAUCAUUCUAGAAUCGAACAGAAGGAAAGCACAGCAACUUCGGCAGCAUCAAGUUCAAAUGCUAGCCUCUGUGAAUGAUGCUGAUGACGAGUCAGGGAACCCUAUUAAAGAGGCAGAGGCAGUCAACGGUUAAUUUUUUUUAUUUUUUUUUUCAUUCAUUUAAUUUUCUAGAAUACAUCUUAAAUCCGGGUAAUACAUAGUUGUGGGAGGAGUUUUUCCCCUUUUAUCGUUAAGAUUCUUCGUGUGGUGAAAUAGAUGAAGAUGGACGAUUGUAUUUUCUUAUCAUUCUAACUGUUACUCAAUUUGUCCCAUGUUGUGGCAAGGCAUUUUUGGACGAAAUAACAUAAAUCUGUCCAUUUCUCAUCUUGCAUGGUAAGGGUUUAAAGUCCAUAAGUAGUUACAUUAUUCCCAGCUUGUAUGGCAAGGGUUUGACAA